UAUAGCAAGCACGCGGAGCCUGUCGGGAAGUACCGUCUCUCCGUCCAAAAACAUGGCGCCUUCCACCAUCCAGAAACUCAGAUCCGCCAUUUCUGGAGACGAACCGCAAGACGAUUCGCUAAUAACAGAGAUAUCUGAUGCUACAUCACUAAGUUGGUCAACCAGGAUCAAAGGCUUUGCCAUAUGCUUUAUUGUCGGCUGCUCAUUUUCAAUAUUGGGUACAUUUCUGCUCAUUAGAGACAUCAAAUUAUUUGCAGUGUUUUAUACAUUGGGUAAUAUCACAGCACUUUUGAGCACAUGCUUUCUAAUGGGUCCUUGUAAGCAGCUAAAGAAUAUGUUUAAAGAGAAAAGACUUAUUGCAACAAUACUUAUGCUGACUUGCCUUGUAUUAACACUCUGUGCUGCACUAUGGUGGCAUAGUAAAGGACUUGCCAUCGUGUUCUGCAUCCUACAAUAUCUUUCAAUGACUUGGUACUGCCUGUCCUACAUCCCAUUUGCCAGGGAUGCAGUGAAGAGAUGCUUCUCUGGCUGCAUGGCAUAGUCUGGUCCUCUCAAAGAAUUCUAAAUGCUACAGAUGCCUGCUGGGGUCAACUCAUGAUCACAUUGACUGUUGGUCGUUGAGAUUUUGUUGUUGAUCAGAUAUUACAGUGGAAACUCUAUAUAAUGUACAGAACACCUUCAAGAUAAAAAAAGAUUGGUCUCUUAACAGGGCCAUAGCAGACCAUAGAUGACACAGAGGGGGAACAGGUAUACUGUUCAUUUUCUUAUAAUUAUUUCUUAUAAUUAUUAUUAUAAAUAUAGAUAGUGUACAACCCUCCCCGCUAUGGCUCUGCUAAUAGAGGUCUGUAAUAUGGAGUUUGCACUGUGCUUGUACAUAAUAAAUGAGAUUUAGGUACCCAUGGAUAGACUUGGAAGUAGCACUUAACCUUAGAUAGUCUCCAAGUUAAGACCAUUUCACUGCCUUUCUUUGGCAAUCAUUUAGACAUGUAGUUUCUUUGAAGGUGUUAACAUUUGAUACAUUCUCAGGGAGAGGAGUUUUUUAGUGUGCCCUGCUAACAGGUGUGCCCUGCUAACAGAGGCCAAAUGUUUUUUGUUUCGUACCUGUAUGUGUGGUUUUAGCUACUUUUAGUUUUACUUUUUCUCCCUUCUAUGGUGAGGAAGAAAUACAAAUAACUACAAUUGAACAACGUGAAUACUCAGAAACUCAAAUCAGCAUGUAAAGUGCUAAAAAUAAAAAAAAGAGAAAGUGAAGCCCUGUUAGUAGCAUAGCUUUUUGGGGUUUUUAGGACUAUUCUUUGUGUUUUACAGCUUUUUAAGAUUUCUAAAUAGCUGUCAACUCGCCCGCAUUAGGCGGGUGUCACAAUAUUUUGGACGUCAUCACAAACCUAAUUUUUGUGAGAAUGUUCAUACAUUCUCUGUAUUCACCUGCAUUGGCUCUCUUGGGGUACUUCACAUAAUUACUGUAUUUCACCCGAUUUCAAAAGAUUUCUGUCCAAGUUGGUUUGACAGCUUGCACAGGUGCACUCUUUUUUUUCUACUUACAGUCUUCUAUUUUAUUAUUUGAUUAAUUAAUGAUUUGAAUUUUAGAUUUCUGUGUUCCGCCUUGGUGGUACAUAUACCUGUAAGUCUCAUUAGAGAAAGUCUAUAUAAAUAAUAUAAAAUUUCUCUAAGA